AUGACACUACCACCAGCUAUCGUUAAUUUGAAAAUUUAUUUCGAUAAUAGCUAUUUUACAACACCAAUACCGACUGCUACCGUUAAACUAAAUAUUGAAAUUAUAAAACAAAAAUUUACCGAUUGGAUGGACGUUGUUGUUGAACCAUCAGAUCAAAGUUUUUAUGCAGCACAAUUAAGAUACUUUCAGGGAUAUAGACGAAGAUUUGAAAAUUUCGUAAAUCCGUUUGGUGUUAACGUAAAAAAGUUUCAUGUCGUAUCAGAGCAAUUGCCUAAUAAUGUAUCCGUUACUAUACGUACGCCAAACUUAAUUGGUGCGUUCCCUGAUCAAAAUGUAAAUUUUAAUAACAAGAUGAAUCGAGCAAGUCGUGAAGAACGUAUUGAUCAAGUUAUACCCAAAACACGUUUUGGACAAAAAGAAGAAGUUCGAGAAAAAUUGCUAUGGAAUUUAAAACGAGAAGUCAAGCAAAUGAUGGAAGAAGCGGUGAUGAAGAAAUGUAUUCACGAAGAGAAUUGUAAUGUAACAACAUUAUGUGCUGCCGUUGAGGUUUGUUUGCUUCAUGGACUUAAACGUCGUGCUGUUGGUUUAUUUAAAACAAGCACAACAAUGGCUUUAUUACAAAAAAUCGCUAAACAAUGUCCACCAGCAGCUGAAGUGGUUAAAACAGUGGAUGAAAUUGAUAGUUUUAGUUUUUCGAAAAAAUUAUCGAGUAUAACCCAUCAUACAACAAGUGUAGAAGAAACUCGUCGUACAUUAAAAGCGGCUUGGUACACUAGAUAUUUAUGGAUUCGUACUGCUCUUGUUAAUCGUUCAUUACAUAAAAUUGUUGAUUUUAUUGUUAGAAAUGGACUAAAAUAUUAUGAACCCUUCGCAUUAGUCACGGACUCUGUUCAAGGACCAAUAUUUGCAUCGCUUCUCGCUGGUCCAUGUGCGCUUGAAUUUACAAAAAUGAAAACAUCCGAUCAUUUUUGGUCCGAUCCGCCAGCUGCUGAAAUAGUUCAACGCCAUCGAAUGCAUAGUACAAGGCAACCAAGUUCGAAACUUUCACCAAAAAUGAAACCAAGAUUACAAAUGAAUCUUAAACGUCAUGCUAGUUCAUCGAGCGAAGAAACACGACCAGCACCUCCAGCGUCAAAUUCUGCACGCGAUUACGUUGAAUCAUUGCAUCAAAAUGCAAAAUCACAGUUAAUCUACGGGAAAAAUAAUGUUUUAGUACAGCCGAAAGAAGGACAAGAUCCUAUCCCUGGUUAUCUAUCAUUGCAUUUGACGAAUAAUGGUGUUAUACUAAAAUGGACCCCUAAUCAACUGAUGAAUGGAUACACAUCGCUGAAUGGUAAUAGUGGUACUGGAACAGAAAUAAGUGAAAGUCCAAAACGAACUAGUGUGUAUUGGGAUUAUGCAAUAUCGCUUAAUAUGUCGAAUGUGGUUUAUCUACAUUGUCAUCAACAUCACCGUAUCGUUCUUGUGGCAAAAGAUGGUGUUCAACAUCCACCAUUUCAUAUAAAAGAUAAAGGUGGACAUUUACUGGCAUUUCUUUCAUGUCUGGAAAGUGGUUUAGCUCCAAAUGGCAAAUUGGAUCCACCGUUGUGGUUCGAAAAAGGUAAAGGAAAAAUAUUUCCGAAAUUACAUCGUCGUAACGUUCAACAACAACAGGGAUCUCAACUAUCCCCUACAAUAACAGCAUCAACGACCACAAGUAGUGACGAAGAGGAGGAAAUAGGCGAUUAUGUAUUCCGUAUUGUAUUUUAUCAAGAUCGCGAUAUAGUCAAGGCUAAACAUUGGCAAUGGCCGACAUCUCUAUCAUUAUCGUCUCAAAAUUCGUCAUUACCAUCUACAAACACUACGUUAUCUUCACCAUCAUCUGGUUCUUCCGUUUCACAAACGUCACCACCACCAACGACGAAUUCACCAUCCUUAACAGAAUCGUUUGCAUCAUCAUCUGUUUAUUCAACACAAUGUGCAUCUGGAAUACAUAAAAGUGUAUCUGUCAGAACGUCAAUUGCUUCAUUAUGUGAUACAAUGCGUCGACAGAUAUUAUCACGAGCAUUUUAUGGCUGGAUUGCAUAUUGUAGACAUUUAAAAACUGUUCGCACGCAUUUAGCAGCGUUAAUUUAUCCAGGAACAAAUUUAAGUGAUGGGGAACAAGACGUAUCGUUGUCUGUUGAAGCGUGGACAGAGUUAUUUAUUGAUAGACGAAUUCAACAUCUUUCAAUUGACAAAAGAGAAAUCUAUCGAAGAAUAUAUUAUGGCGGAUGUGCACCAUCUAUUCGAAAACAGGUAUGGCCUUUUCUGAUGAUGCAUUACUCAUUUGAAUCAACAAUUGAAGAGUGUGAAGAUAUUGAUCGUACAACAGCUGAAAAUUAUAAACAACUUCUAAUAGACUGGCGUGACGCGGAAGAAAUUGUUCGUCGACUUGAUCGUGAACUGUAUGGAGAUAAAGGAGCCCGAUUAAUCAGUUCAAGUUUAGAACCAAAUGAUACAAUAAUCGUACCUGUCGUUAGUACUGUACCUCCGGCGAGUGAUAAAACGUUAUUAGUACGAAAAGAUUCUAGUUUUUCAAAUGAUGUCUUUUUUGAGGACUGCACAGUUCAUAGUGUUGUCUUACCCACCGAAGGAGAAUCUAGUCGUCAGACUACACCAUUAUGUGAAAAUCAACCAAUCAUUGCAAAUUCAACUCUAAUUGCUACUACACGUACACAAUCUGUCAUCGAUCGUGCAUCGCCAUACAACGUCAUUGAAACACGUUCCGGUAGUAAUGAUGGUUCAGAAACGUUAACGAUGGAACGCAAUUUAAGCACUGAUAGUACUCAAGCCAAUGAAAAUAAGGAUGAAGAUGAUAAUAUUGGCAACGAUCUUAAUAACGAUGAUCAGGAUCAGUGUAGUAGUGAGCAACAAUUCCACAUAUCUUCGCCGGAUUCAAGUUUAACUAGUAGUAUGGAUGUUUAUAUGGAUGCGGUUGAUAUUUUACAAGAACAAGACAAAAAAUCAGAUGGUUCAUUAACGCCGGUUUACUAUGGUCGUUUUUCGAAAGAAAUAAUUGAUUUAUUUUCCUCGAACUUACAUCGCAUUGAUAAAGAUGUGGCACGUUGUGAUCGAAAUUAUACAUACUAUUCAAAUUUGAAUAAUUUGAAAAAAUUACGAAACAUCAUGUGCACAUAUGUAUGGAAUAAUUUAUCACUUGGGUAUAUUCAGGGCAUGUGUGAUCUUGUUGCACCGUUAUUAGUUAUUUUUGAUGAAGAAGUGAUCACUUAUAGCUGUUUUUGUUAUUUAAUGAAGAGAUUAGUACCAAAUUUUCCACAUGGUGCGGGAAUGGAUGAACAUUUUGCGAAUAUGCGUUCAUUACUACAAAUACUUGACUCAGAAUUAUAUGAACAUAUUCAUCGUACCGGCGAUUUUACACAUUUCUAUUUUUGUUAUCGAUGGUUUUUGCUCGAUUUUAAAAGAGAAUUUGUGUAUGAUGACAUAUUUCGUGUAUGGGAAACAAUUGCAUCGGCCAGACGUCUUGUAUCAAAACGUUUUGUCCUAUUUAUUGCAUUAGCGAUGUUAAAAUGUUAUCGCGACAUCAUACUGGAUAAUCGAAUGGAUUUCACGGAUAUAAUACGUUUUUUUAAUGAAAUGGCCGAAAGACAUGAUGCUACUGAAAUACUUCGCAUAGCUCGUGAUUUAAUAUUAGAAUUGCAAAAAUUGAUUGAUAAUAAAUGA